AUGUUUUCAUACUUCUUUUCUGGGAGCACUACCAAAACUUCGAACGGAAUCACUCCUUCUUCUUCUUUGGAUUCUUCCAACAACAAAACGAUUGCAUCGUCCAACCAUGCAACUAAUACUGUUGUUCCUCUCCGGAAACGUGAAAAGGUCAUUCUCAAACCAGGCUUUGGGCUCCGACAAUGGAGUAUGCUCACCAUGAAAAUGCCAUCUCCGAAUGCAUCAUCAUCAUUGGGUCCCAUUCCGAUCAGUGAAGUUGCCAAACACAAUACAGUGGAAGAUGCUUGGGUGAUUUUACGAGAACGCGUGUAUGAUAUCACUAAAUUUUUGGAUCAUCAUCCCGGAGGUGUCGAGAUUUUGAAACAAGUGUUGGGCACAGAUUGUACAGAACUAUUUGAUGAAUAUCAUUCAUUUGUUAAUUCGGAUUUUUUAUUGGAAAAAUGUUUUCUAGGUUAUGUCAAAAGAAAUUAA